AUGCAACGAGAUUGGGGACACGACGAUGGGAAUAAACAACCCAUCUCCGACGAUGACUUGAGUUCAGAAAAGGCCGAUCCUGGGGAAAUAGACCGGGCCAAUGAGACGCCCCUUUCAAAAUUGCUCGAACCCACACCCGUGGAUCCACAGCGGAUGGUUCAGGUGGACAAAUUUCCAUUGUUCAUUCCAGGGAAAUGUGAUCGGGACCUUACGGCAUUAGUGCCAUUCUUGUCAACGACCCUGCAAGAUCGUGUUCCCUUUGAAAAAACGAGUGAUGAGAUCGGAGAAAAAAUGCCCUCGCGCCAAUCAUUAUCUGUUGCAAGGCGAAGACCGAGGAUGGAGCAGCAGUUUCAUCCACCCUCAGAACCGCUAGCAAGCCCUUCCCAAGAUUCCACAACAGAUCAAUCGACAGGUCAAAUUGCCGGUAGAUGCACACAGGUCGAACAAUGGAAUACGCGAUUUCAGCAGCUCGUCGAGUUUCAGAAAGAAUUUCAUCAUUGUUGCGUUCCGCUGAACUAUUCCAAGAAUUCAAGUCUUGCGCACUGGGUGAAGCGACAGCGUUACCAAUAUCGUGUGAAGUUAAAAGAAGGGAAGCCUUCAACACUGACUGAUGAGAGGCAGAAAGCCCUGGAAAAUCUGGGCUUCGUUUGGGAUUCACAUGCUGCUGCGUGGGAGGAGAGAUGGAUUCAAUUGAAUGAGUUUCGGCAACAUUAUGGACACAGCCGAGUGCCAAAGAACUAUCCUCCAAAUCCACAACUGGCUGUGUGGGUAAAAUGCCAGCGAAGGCAGUUCAAACUCUAUAGACAAGGAUUGAACUCGAAUAUGACUCUUGAAAGAGUUGAAAAGCUUCGGAUUCUUAACUUUGUAUUUGAUCCAAGGUCCGGAGCGAAGAAAUAG